GGAAGUAGUGGUGCACUCAGGUCUUGCCGGAGUUUGAUACACUUCACUGAAGCAGUCACGGUUUGGUUUAAAGGGUCUGCUCAUUAUGGCGACGUGUUAACAGUGACCCUGUUGGAUUUUCUCUCAUGCACAUACACCAACACACACAGGUACACGCACACAUCCAAAGGGAGGACCCAUAAAGGUGCAGAAGAGGACAGUCUAAAGAGGACCACCUCAGUCCUGGCAGUAUGGCCAGUAAGUACCACUGGCAGAGUCAGAAUGUCAAGCAGAGCGGAGUGGACGACAUGGUGCUCCUGUCCAAGAUCACCGAGGACGCCAUCGUGGAGAACCUCAAGAAGAGAUUCAUGGACGACUACAUCUUUACCUACAUCGGGCCUGUGUUGAUAUCGGUGAAUCCGUUCAAACAGAUGCCUUAUUUUACAGACCGGGAGAUUGAGCUUUACCAGGGAGCUGCACAGUAUGAGAAUCCUCCACACAUCUACGCCUUAACGGAUAACAUGUACAGGAACAUGUUGAUUGACAGUGAGAAUCAGUGCGUCAUAAUCAGUGGAGAGAGCGGCGCAGGGAAGACGGUAGCUGCUAAAUACAUCAUGGGCUACAUCUCCAAAGUGUCUGGUGGUGGAGGCAAAGUUCAGCAUGUGAAGGACAUUAUCCUGCAGUCUAACCCUCUGCUGGAGGCCUUUGGCAACGCUAAGACUGUCCGUAACAACAACUCCAGUCGCUUUGGCAAAUACUUUGAGAUCCAGUUCAGCAGAGGAGGAGAGCCGGACGGAGGCAAAAUCUCCAACUUCCUGCUGGAGAAGUCUCGAGUUGUGAGCCAGAACGAGAACGAGAGGAACUUCCACAUUUUCUACCAGCUAAUCGAGGGGUCAUCAGCACAGCAGAAAGAAGCUUUGGGUAUCAUGACCCCAGACUACUACAACUACUUGAACCAGUCUGGCACCUACAAAGUGGACGGCACCAAUGACAGCAAAGAGUUUCAGGAGACGAUGGAAGCCAUGCAGGUGAUUGGCAUCCCGGGAGACUGUCAGAUGCAGGCCCUGCAUAUUGUGGCGGGAAUCUUACACCUGGGCAACAUCAGCUUCAUUGAGGCUGGAAACUACGGCCAGGUGGAGAGCCCAGACUUGUUGGCCUUCCCUGCGUACCUGCUGGGCAUCGACCAGAACUGGCUUCAGGAGAAGUUGACCAGCCGCAAGAUGGACUCCAAAUGGGGGGGUAAAUCCGAGUCCAUCAACGUGACCCUGAACCAGGAGCAGGCCUGCUACACCCGUGAUGCCCUGUCUAAGGCCCUGUAUGCCCGUCUGUUCGACUACUUGGUGGAGGCCAUAAACAAAGCCAUGCAGAAGCCCAUUGAAGAGUUCAGCGUUGGAGUUCUAGAUAUUUAUGGAUUUGAGAUUUUUCAGAGGAACGGCUUUGAGCAGUUCUGUAUAAACUUUGUGAAUGAAAAACUGCAGCAGAUCUUUAUUGAGCUGACCCUGAAGGCAGAGCAGGAAGAAUACGUCCAGGAGGGGAUCAAAUGGACGCCUAUUGAAUACUUCAACAACAAAAUAGUGUGUGACCUCAUUGAAAAUAAAUUGAACCCCCCGGGUAUAAUGAGCGUACUUGAUGACGUGUGUGCCACCAUGCAUGCCAAGGGUGAAGGGGCAGACGGCACUCUCCUGCAGAAGCUGCAGGCCGCAGUGGGCACACACGACCACUUUAACAACUGGAACUCUGGCUUUGUUAUCCAUCACUAUGCAGGCAAGGUCUCAUACGACAUCAGCGGCUUCUGUGAGAGAAACAGAGACGUGCUUUUUCCUGACCUCAUUGAGUUGAUGCAGAGCAGUGAGCAUGCCUUCAUCCGCAGCCUGUUCCCCGAAAACCUCAAUACUGACAAGAAAGGCCGACCCACCACAGCUGGAUCAAAGAUCAAAAGGCAGGCUAAUGAGCUGGUUGAUACGCUGAUGAAAUGCACUCCACACUAUAUCCGCUGCAUCAAACCCAAUGAGACCAAGAGACCCAGAGACUGGGAGGAGAGCCGGGUUAAACAUCAGGUGGAAUAUCUGGGCUUGAAGGAGAACAUCAGAGUGCGUCGUGCUGGUUUCGCCUACCGCAGAGUUUUCAAGAAGUUUCUACAGAGGUAUUCCAUCCUGACUCCAGAAACGUACCCGUAUUGGCGUGGAGAGGAAAAGCAGGGGGUCCUGCAUCUCCUGCGCUCCGUAAACAUGGACACAGACCAGUACCAGAUGGGCCGCACCAAGAUCUUUGUCAAGAACCCAGAGUCGCUCUUCUUGCUGGAGGAGAUGAGGGAGAGAAAGUUUGACACAUUCGCUAGAGCCAUCCAGAAAGCCUGGAGGAAGUAUAUUGCCAGAAGGAAGUAUGAGCAGAUGAGAGAGGAGGCCUCAGAUAUUCUUUACAACUCUAAGGAGCGACGCAGGAACAGUAUUAACAGGAACUUCGUUGGUGAUUACCUGGGAAUGGAGGAAAGGCCUGAACUGCGUCAAUUCCUGUCCAAGAGAGAACGAAUUGACUUCGCUGACUCUGUUACCAAGUAUGACCGCAGGUUUAAGUCAAUCAAGAGGGAUCUGAUCCUGACGCCCAAGGGCAUCUACCUGAUUGGUCGUGAGAAAGUAAAGAAAGGACCAGAGAAAGGCCAGAUCAAGGAAGUGCUGAAGAGAAAGCUGGACAUCGGAAGCAUACGCUCUGUUUCACUGAGCACGAGGCAGGACGACUUCUUCAUCCUGCACGAGGCUCAGUACGACAGCCUGCUGGAGUCCAUGUUCAAGACUGAAUUCCUGAGCUUGCUGUGUAAACGCUAUGAAGAGCAGACCAAGGCCAAGCUCUGCCUGACUUUCAAUGACAGGCUAGAGUUCCGUCUGAAGAAGGAAGGCUGGGGUGGAGGAGGCACGCGUUCACUGGUGUUCCAGAGAGGGCAGGGAGACACAGCCCAGGUCAAACCCGCAGGAAAAAAUCUCAAUAUCUCUGUAGGAGAUGGACUACCGAAGACGUCCAAACCAACGAGAAAGAGCAUGCAGCCCACUCAAGGAGGCAGAAGGCAGCCCCCCAGCAGAGGUUACCAGAACGGUGCAGCCCAGUUCUCCCGUGCUUCCACUCGCUCUCAGGAGCAGAUGUACUCAACCCCAGACAAACGAUCCCGGCCACCCAAUGCCGCUCUGCCUAAACUGGGCUCGCAGAAAGGCCGGCGGGCGCCAGCAGCCCAAACACAAAAUGCUAACCUUGACUUCCUCAACGUCCCUGAUCAGGGCAUGUCAGGAAUGCAGAGGAAGAGGAGUAUCAGCCAGCGUCCUCCGCCGGCCCCCACCAGCCGGCCUAAAGUACAGCCCCGCUCCCAUGGCCCUCGCUGCCGGUCACUUUAUCAAUAUGUAGGUCAGGAUGUGGAUGAGCUCAGCUUUGAGGCCAAUGAAGUUAUUGAUCUGGUUAAAGAAGAUCCGUCUGGCUGGUGGACGGGCAGGCUGCGUGGGAAAGAGGGCUUAUUCCCAGGGAAUUAUGUGGAGAAAAUCUGAGAAACCGUCUCUUCCUCAUCCGGGUAGAACUCAAUGGUACUCUGUCUGUGACCUCUGAUUGCUGACCGUCCAGCCCCUGAGCCUCUCAGAACAUGCAGGCGGUCUGUAAUGAUGAGGCAGAUGGGUCAACGUAUCGGUCAGGGUCAAAGAGUCAAUAUAAAAUCAAAAGGAAAGAAACAUUUCUUGUAAAAUUGUGAUUUAUGAUCAUUUUCUGGACAAAGAAAAUCUCAGGUGCUUGGAUAUGAAGCAUUUUCACCAUUAACAGUGUUAUUUAAACAAGUUAACGCAAAGUGCGUAACAUGAUUUCUUGUAUUAUUAUUUUUUUCUUAAGAAUUAAAUGGAAUAAACCCAGUGUUUGUCUGUGUCAGUAGCACAGCCUCGCAGACAGUGCCAAAACUAUGCACAUAUCCUGCACUACUGCAGGACAACCACAUGAUGGCGCUAUGGUCAUUAGAUUUCACUGACUUUUGCACAGUACAACCAAAGCAGCAGCACAGCCAUGUGUGAACAGGGCAUCUAUUUUUAUCCCACUUCUUAAGUUAUGUGAUGGUGUUUAAGGCACAUAUAUGAUAGGGUUUUGAUCUAAUGUAGCUUUUGCUUUGUGUAUUGGUGUGCAAUUGUGUGCAAUCACCAACCUGAAAAUUGAAUUAACUUCAUGCUUAUGGUAUUAAUAUCAAAGUACUAACAUUUUUCAGAGGAUGAUAUCUGCAAAUGUCUCAUUUUUGACUGCUACACCCUUUGAGGAGGGAUCUGUUCCAGGCUGGAGUCAUUCAUGAUAAAGGUCAUGGUGUAGUUUGGAGUAAAUAUGUGAAUAAAAGUGAUUUUCUCCCUCAGA